GAUUUCAAUAUGACAAAUCGUGUGUGGUACGGUGCGGCGCUUUUGUUUUGUGCUACAAAUAUAAUGGCUGCUGAUAUACUGAUGGUCACAAUGGGCGGUACGAAAUCACAUAAAAUACCAUUUUGGGAGUUGGCGAAAGGACUGAUACACAGAGGUCACAAUAUCACAUUUCUUAACGGUUUCCCGUCCGAUUUUCAUAUAAACGGCUUGCAUGAAAUUACACCUUCUGGACUAGUUGAGUAUAUACAGAAUUAUACAAAUUGGGAUUUACUGGGAUCACGCAUGACGGGAGAGAUGCCAUUAUCUUUUUGGGAUGCCUUCCGAUAUGCAUUUCAGUCCUGCGAUGCCAUGCUCGAAGACGCUGAAACCAAAGAGCUCAUGAAUCGCAACUUCGAUUUAGCCAUCUUGGAUGGCGCAUUUCCCGAAUGCGCGCUCGGCAUAGUCUAUCACUACAAAAUACCAUUUAUGUACAUGAAUACGGUGGGCUUCUACACCGGCAGUCUAGCGAAGUCUGGCAGUCCUGCUUCGUAUGCGAUAACGCCGAAUUUCUACACAAGCUUCACAGAUACAAUGAAUCUCAUACAACGCGCUGCGAACACAGGCAUACAAGUGUUUCAGGAUAUUAUGCAUAGGUUUGUUAUGGCGAUGGUGUAUCGUGUGUUGCGCGUGCACAUUGGCACCCACAUACCGCAUCCAUAUGACAUUUCGAAAAACGUCAGUUUCAUAUUACAAAAUGGCCACGCUGUUGUCUCAUAUCCACGCGCGCUCAAUCCAAAUGUCGCCGAGAUCGCUUGCAUACAUUGUAAGCCAGCCAAACCACUGCCGAAAGAUCUUGAAGAAUUCAUCGCAUCGGCUGGUGAAUCUGGUUUCAUUUACGUGUCCAUGGGCUCCUCAGUGAAGGCUGCCAACAUGCCCGCGUCACUACGUCGCUUAUUGGUGAAAACAUUUGCCCGCCUGCCAUAUCAUGUGCUUUGGAAGUACGAAGGCGAUGCCGCGGAAAUGCUUAAUUUGACGCCAAAUGUGCGUCUAAGUCGCUGGUUGCCACAGCAGGACAUUUUGGGUCAUCACAAGCUGCGCGCCUUCGUUACACAUGGCGGUUUGCUAAGCAUGUUCGAGACGGUGUACCACGGCGUACCUGUCGUGACGAUGCCAGUUUUUUGUGAUCAUGAUGUUAACUCGGCCAAAGCGGAGGUCGACGGUUACGCCAUUAAGUUGCAGUUGGAGACAUUGACAGCCAGUCAGCUGUACAAGGCGAUUAUGAAGGUCAUACAUGAUCCACAGUACAGAAAGGCGGCGAGAUUCCGACAAAAGUUGCUGACAGAUCAGCGUACUACUCCCCUGGAGACGUCCAUAUAUUGGACCGAAUAUGUGUUGCGUCACAAAGGAGCCUACCAUCUGCAAUCGCCAGCCAGAAAUCUGAGUUGGAUCCAAUACUAUCUUGUCGAUGUAGUCGCACUUUAUGCGGGCGCCAUCUAUCUAAUCUAUUACCUGCUAAAACGCUUGCUCUCUCGUCCCGAAGUUAUACACCAUAGCAUACCCACGGCUAAUCAAAAAGUCAAAAAGAUCAACUGAUAAAGCACAAAAUGGAAUACAUAAAUAUUUAUGUAAUAUUUGGUGAUAUCUAUUGGCUAAAUGCAUGUUUGCUUCAAUUUCGCCACUCUCAAAUAUACAUCCUCCUGCUCUACAAUUUCCGAAGUGCUCACAGUUCUAAUCCCUUGUGUACAGUGUGUAUGAAAAUAUUUUAGACUUUUUCUGUUGUUUAGAAAAAGUUGUUGUAAAUAUUGUAGCUACAAAAUCAUAUUUAAUUUAUUUUUAAUAUUGUGUGGAAACAAAAUUUUGGCAAAGAAUUAAAAAGAAAAGUACAUUUGUAUCAUCGCUGCCGAAAUUUUUAACUUAAUUCUGUAAUUAGAUAAGUCUAUCAAUGUGUUAUUGCUGUAAUUAUCAUGAUUAAAGUUAUUUUCAUUGUAUUUUGUUUAUGAGCCUUGUAUUUAAUUAUAAGUUAAUACAUAUGUACAUGUAGU